GGCAUGCUUUUAGUAUAAAUGCAACUCUAAGUUUGUGGUUGUGCGAUAACAGAGUUACUGGCGCUGUUAUUUUUGCAGGGACAUUUCAAAUUUGGACCUUGAGCCAGAUAGUGCUGACAUGAGUGUCCCAUCAGGAGUCAAUGACACUGCAAUUGCUGAAUGCACUGCCAGGGAAUCAGACCAAGAUUUUGGUGAUGACUGGGAAAGCAAUCUUUCAGUUCCUCCCACAAGUAGCAACAAUGCUGCCUAUAUCCAUGUGGGAACGCCGCCCGAAAGUGUUGGGCAAGCUGAACCACCACCCUCAACAUCUGCUUCGAAGAGGACGUCUGCGCACCAUAAAUCAAAAAAGCACAAGACAAAGGAUGCUAACGAGGAGGACAUGAAGCAGGUGACGGGAGCCUUUAUGCAAGCUGUCAGCGCCACAGCGCAGAAACAACCCGUGCAUAGAUGCAACUCUUUUUUUGAUUUUAUGGCGGAAUCAGCCAAGGAAUUGACGCCUGUCCAGCAAGAUAGGCUCAUGCACGCUUGUCACAUGGCGUUGCUUGAAAUUAAAGAAGUUUAA